GAAAACGUUUCUCUCUCCCUUAUAAUUUUAUUGCUGCCUGUCAACUCCGCCAUGAGCAAACUAACGAUGUCGAUGUCUUCCACGGCAGUGAAGAAUCGUCUUCUUUUGUGACUAAAACCUUCCGGCGAGCAUAUUACUCUGUUUUUUUUCGUAUAAAACUGUAAUUUCAUCUAUAGAAAGAACAUGAGUUCUCCGGUUCCAUUUCAAGACCUUAAUCUCAUUCCCUACAACAUAGCUUCAACCAGCAGUAGCAACAGCGUCACAGGUUCAACGCAGAGGCCACUAAUUGUACCCAAAUUGGAACCUAAACACGAGCCUCUCGAUGAAACACUUCCAUUACCCCCUGCACGGUUCCAAUUUUCUCAGAGCCCUAACCCUAAUUUAUCCUUCGAUUAUAGGCCUAAUGUUUCACUUCCUCAACAAUCAAUCUCGGAGAUUACCGCUUUUGAGCAGAUUCCCGAGAAUUUGUCCGAUGAGAGCUUCGUUUACUCCGAGUUUAAUCGAAUCUCGGAGAUGUUCAGGACGGCAGUCGCGAAUGGAAUGCAGAACAACGAAUAUGCUGGGACUCUUAAUCCUGAAUCGGGGGCGAUCGUGCCGAUAGAGGAUGAAAAUCAACUGUCUAUUGUUUCUCCCCGGAAGCGUUACCAGAAAAGAUCCUCAGAACUAGUUCGGGUCACGAAUUUGGGAAUCGAGGAUGAGAGAUACUUCCGCGAUAUUGUGAGGAAGACCAGGAUGAUGUAUGAUUGUUUGCGGAUUUUGGCAACGUCUGAGGAAGAGAAGCGGCAUGGCCCUGGUUCAGGUCGACGUGCUCGAGGUGAUUUGAGGGCUGCGACGGUGAUGCGGGGGCGAGGGUUAUGGCUGAAUCGUGACAAAAGGAUAGUGGGUUCCAUUCCUGGUGUUUUGAUUGGCGAUCUGUUCUUCUUUAGGAUGGAAUUAUGUGUUGUAGGAUUACAUGGACAAAUCCAGGCAGGGAUUGACUGCCUCUCUGCCAGCCUCAGCCCAAACGGUGAGCCAAUUGCAACCAGUAUUAUUGUCUCAGGAGGAUAUGAAGAUGAUGAAGAUUCAGGCGAUGUCCUCAUUUACACAGGCCAGGGUGGACAGGACAGUCACCAUAGGCAAUGCCUUCACCAGAAACUGCAAGGUGGAAACCUAGGUCUGGAGAGAAGCAUGAACUACGGCAUUGAAAUCCGGGUGAUUCGUGGGUUUAAGUAUGAAGGAAGUCCAAAUGGUAAGGUUUAUGUUUACGAUGGUCUAUACAGGAUUGUCGAAACAUGGUUUGACGUGGGUAAAUCUGGUUUUGGUGUUUACAAAUACAAGCUCAUUAGGAUUGAAAAUCAACCUGAAUCGGGUAGUGCCAUUUUGAAAUUUGCUCAAUCUAUUCGCAAUGCACCUUUAUCAGCCAGACCAACUGGAUAUCAGUGUCUUGAUAUUUCUUCUAAUAAAGAAAAAGUCCCAGUUCUUCUUUUUAAUGAUAUAGAUGAUAAUAGAGAAGUAGCAUACUUUGAUUACAUCCCUAGGACUAUAUUCCCUGCAGUUGCUUAUAGUAGUAUGGGAAGCAGUAACGGCUGUGAUUGUGUUAACGGCUGUUCAGAUAAUUGUGUCUGUGCUAUGAAAAACGGGGGCGAAUUUGCUUACGAUCUUCAAGGAAUCUUGGUGAAAGGAAAGCCUUUAGUAUACGAGUGUGGGCCAAAGUGUAAUUGUCCUCCAAAUUGUCGAAACCGAGUUUCCCAAAGAGGAGUAAAAUACAAACUUGAAGUUUUCAGAUCAAGGGAAACGGGUUGGGGUGUUAGGUCACUGGAUCUGAUUCAAGCUGGGUCCUUUAUAUGUGAAUAUGCUGGAGUUGUUCUUACAAAAGAGCAAGCACAAAUAAUGUCAAUGAAUGGAGAUAGUAGUUUGAUACAUCCAAGUCGUUUUAGCGAGAGAUGGGCUGAGUGGGGGGAUUUUACAGAUAUGUUCUCUGAUUACGCCAGGCCAACACACCCGUGUACACCGAAAUUGGAUUUUGUUAUUGAUGUUUCGAAAAUGCGAAAUGUGGCUUGUUAUAUGAGCCACAGUACAUGUCCUAAUGUUAUGGUGCAGUUUGUGCUUUACAACCACAAUAGCUUAUAUUAUCCAAAUGUUAUGUUGUUUGCAAUGGAGAACAUCCCUCCUCUGAGAGAGCUGAGUCUUGAUUAUGGUGUGGCUGAGCCGCAAGCGGAAGAGUGGGAAGAGAAAUUCCGAAUUAGUAACUAGCAGGUCUAAUGAAGUUUAGUUACAGUCUUACUCUGGCCUAAAUCAAGUCUACAACUCUAUUGCCAGUUGCAAUUUGGGUGGAAAGCUAUAAUCUCUGUGUUGCCAUGCCUUUUCUUCUCAGCUUAUCUACUUUUCAGCUUCCAACAAAAAGCAGGAGAUGGAGAUUUGUGAACCUGUUUUUUUUUAUAUUUUUUUAUUUUGUUGUUUGAUUUUGGGGAUAUUAUUAGAUUUUGAGUGUUGUAAGCUUUAUUAGUUGUAUGAAAUGCAAGAAAGAUUGCACAUAAUGAGCUCAUUUAGAUAUAAUAUUGUUAUAGUGAAUGUUGGUUGGGGCUCAUUGAUGAACUGAUCUGAAUCUCCUUUAAGUUAUUUUAAGAAACUUUUAAGAUUUUUAUUUAGUA